AUGUCAACUGAGCAAUUAAUUGAACGUUGGUGUAAAGAUCAUACCACGCCAGCUACUGUUCAAUGGUUAGUGGAUAAUUUCGAACCUGCCGAGGGAAAUUCCAUCCGACGAUCGAUUUUGUAUAAUUUUUAUCUUGAACACUGUUUAACUCUCAAAGUCGAAUCUUUGAAUCCAGCUAGUUUUGGCAAACUAAUUCAUUCAGUGUUUCUCGGCUUGAAAACUCGACGAUUAGGUACACGAGGUAAUUCCAAAUAUCAUUACUAUGGUAUCCAAGUGAAAUCGUCAUCACCAUUGAUUAAACGAAUGCCGCUGGAUGUUGAUCAUUCGUUUUCUCAUGAUUUUGAUACUCAAUCACCCAAUCUGAACAUGUCACCUAACGAUUAUAUCUCUUCUCCUUUACCUCAACAUUCUUCAUUCGAAUCAAAUGAAUUGCCAUCGGAUAUAACAGACGAUGACAUAGAAAUCUUUCAGAAAACACAUGAUGAGUAUUCGAAUAAGCUUUAUCAAGCGUUGAUUAAAUUUCAAUAUGAUUUAAUCGAGAAAAUUCUUCAGCAGUUUUGGUCAUUAACAAAUAUACAUUUUUCCCAAACGAGUGAAUUGACAAACAAUGGUAGAUGGAUUGUUUUUGAAGGCAAUUCGGAAAGAAAUAUCGUUUCAGAUCCAAUGAUCGUUUGGAAAUUCAAUCGUAUUUGUACAUUCCCAUUCAUUCUUGACCAAUUUCGUUCGUUCUAUUCGAAAUUUUAUCAAACAAUAAUUGAUCAUUAUUUUCCGGAUGCUCUUACAUCUUUAACACAAACAUCAAUUGAAGCCAUUCGUACAAUCGCAAUGAAUUUGUCACAAUGGGUUCGUUAUGCAAUCGAACAUCUCCAUGAUCCGUUGAAAUCUUUUCUUCUUCAAUAUGCUCAAAUCUUCACAUCGAUUCUCUUGCGUUAUACAUCAUUAAAUCACUUAGCACUGACCAUUCAAAACAUGUUUACUCAAUCGUCACGCUUAGCAGCGAUGUCCAAUGAUCUAACUCGAAUCAAUUUCUCGAAUUUACACGAACAAAUCAAUUGGUUAGUCGAAUGUGAUUUGACUUUAUUCACUAAGAUCGAACAAUGUUUGAAAAAUCUCUUUCAAUGUCAAUCUAUGUUGACAAUACAACACUGGACGACGUUCAUCAACACCUUACUCGACGAUUAUUUGAUUUUGUAUCAUAACACUUCGGAUUACUUCUUUCACGCUCGACAAUUCCUGUUGAAAACUAACUUUUAUUGUUCGUUGAUCUUACGUGAACUAACUUUGCACUAUGGCAACUCACUGGGUUCAUUUCAUUUACUGCAAUUGUUCAUCGAAGAGUAUCUUUACUAUCGGAUCGAACAAAAAUUAGCAAUGUAUUGCAAUCAAACACAAAUGAAUUUCAUGAUCGAAAAUUUGAACAAUAAACAACAAAAUGUUCGACGAAUUUCGACAUAUGAAGAUCUGUUCAAUGACGAUGAACUCGAUGAUGACCUGGAAAGUUUAGGCGAAGAUUUCAAUGAUCAAAGAAGUCUUUUGAAACCAUUGUCACCCGUGCAAAUUGAAGAUUUCAUUCUACCAAAUGACACGUUUUCGUACAUAUUUGAAGAUUUACAACCAUUAGUCAAUGAAAUCUUUUAG